ACAAAGCGGUUGGAAGGAACGCUCAGAUCAAAAAACCUUUGAAAGUUCACGCUCAGAGCCUCACUUAAAAUUUAAUUAAAUAAAAGUAAAGUAAAGUGAAUAAUCCAGCAAAGGCGACAUGCCACCAAAUGCCGUAGGACUGCCGGACACGUUACCAAAGGUGCCCGUCGAUUCCGAUCUGAUAAAGGAGACAACUAUGGAGGACGAAUCAUCCAAGCAGACGGGCGUGCUGUUUGAGGCCGAUGUGGAGACAGCCGAUGGCGACCUGGCCACCGAUACUUUCCAGUUUAAAAAGGCCGAGAGCCGCCAGCUGCAGUGGGUCUGGCGUAAUAUACUUCUCUUUGCUUAUGUGCAUUUUGCCGCCUUAUAUGGCGGCUAUUUGAUGAUCACCCAGGCCAAAGCAGCCACCGUGCUAUUCUCUGCCGUCCUGUACGUUUGUGGCAUGUUGGGCAUAACGGGAGGCGCCCAUCGUCUCUGGGCCCAUCGAUCCUACAAGGCCAAGUGGCCGAUGCGCUUAAUAUUGAUCACCUUCAAUACGAUUGCCUUCCAGGACGCCGCCUAUCACUGGGCGCGCGAUCAUCGUGUUCAUCACAAGUUCUCGGAGACGGAUGCCGAUCCGCACAAUGCCACCCGUGGCUUCUUCUUUUCGCAUGUCGGCUGGCUGCUCUGCAAGAAGCAUCCCGAUGUGGUGGCCAAGGGCAAAGGCCUGGACUUGUCCGAUUUGCGUGCCGAUCGCAUUUUGAUGUUCCAAAAGAAGCACUACUACGUCUUAAUGCCAAUUGCCUGCUUCAUUCUGCCCACCGUCAUUCCCGCAUUCUGUUGGAAUGAGACGUUGUUGUGCUCCUGGUUCGUGUCUACCAUGUUCCGCUGGUGUUUCCAGCUGAAUAUGACCUGGCUGGUGAACAGUGCGGCACACAAAUUCGGUGGUCGUCCGUACGACAAGACCAUCAAUCCAUCGCAGAAUGCCACUGUUUCGGCCGUCACCUUCGGCGAGGGCUGGCACAACUAUCAUCACGUGUUCCCCUGGGAUUACAAAACGGCUGAAUGGGGAAACUAUAACCUGAACAUGACCACCGCAUUUAUUGAUAUGUUUGCCAAGAUUGGGUGGGCCUAUGAUCUGAAGUCCGUGGCACCCGACACCAUUGAAAGGCGUGUGAAGCGCACUGGCGACGGCACCCACGAGCUGUGGGGAUGGGGCGACAAGGAUCUCACCGCCGAAGAUGCCAGAGAUGUACUUUUUGUUGAUAAAAAGGCAGAGUGAAUCUCCGCCAGCACUACGAAAACUUCUAUUCCUUAAUCAUCAACAGCUAACAAUCUAAUUGGCCAUUUAUAGAUGGUGUGUGAUAAUGAGUUAUGAACGAUUAUACUAAAUAUAAUUGAUGUUGUUUAUCAAA